CACUCACAUGCAUGCCGCUACUUCCUGGAUGGAAGAAUGGAACCAAAGACAGUUCGGUACGUUUAGAAAGUCUGUGAUGGAACGCUUCCAGCACUGCCUUUGCAACAUUCUCUCUACAUUCAUAAGUGGCGCCGCGGGUCGCCGCUGAAUGGACGAACAUAAUCAGUAGCCUAUUCUUCGACCAUUUUUUCCCUCAAGUUGACGAAAUUGAGUCGGGCUCGUUGACUUUCACCUCUAUGAUUCACUUUGGGAAUGUAGAAAGAAAGCUUGGAUGCAUGUGGCGGACUGUGACAAAACUAUUUUUCUGCGGUUCACAGCCAUAGAUAUUCCUUGAAACAGAUGCUUAAUUGACUUCAAGUGAAUUGCCAUCAAACUACGCUCCAUCUGACACUACAGUUGGGUUUGUGCCCUAUGUGCUAACGUCUGUUUUCUACAAUCAAGUUUAUGUAAUUUUGUAGACCUCAAACUUUGUCACCCGUUGCCUUCUUGUUGCUCUCGAUGAGUAUUUUGACAUGCGGAGAAUACUGGAACCGAGUCACUGGUGGACCUUAUUCAUCAUUUGUUCAGCCUUGGCCGUGUUUACCGACUGUCAUCCUGCUCUACAGGGUGGCCAGUCGGGGUCAGUAGGAGAAGAGCACCAUGGGAGCAUGGGGGGCGGGGUGAGGGAGAGGAGGGCCACAGGAGGAAACUCCUACUGGGCUUAUUCCGGGACCCACAGUCCUGGGGUCUGGACCUCCUCAUACCCUGAGUGUGCGGAGGGGAACCAAUCACCGGUGGACAUCUCAGACAAGGAUGCCAAGGUGUCUCAGGAGUGCCAGGAGCUGACCCUCAACGGGUUCAACGCCGAGUCAUCCAACAAGACCUCCAUGAAGAACACAGGAAAGACAGUGGCUGUUCUGCUGAAGGAUGACUAUUUUGUACGGGGGGCAGGACUACCUGGGCGCUUCAAGGCGGAGAAGAUCGAGUUCCACUGGGGUCAGAGUAACGGAUCAGCAGGGUCGGAACACAGCAUCAACAGCAGGAGGUUCCCCGUGGAGAUGCAGAUAUACCUGUACAACUCAGAUGACUUUGACAGUCUCAGUGCGGCCAUCAAGGAGAAGCGCAUCAUUGCUGCGAUGGCUGUGUUUUUCGAGGUGGGGCGGCGAGACAAUCCAGCCGUAGAGCCCAUCAUCCAGGGACUGAAACGGGUCGUACACCACGAGAAGGAGACAUUCCUGAGUUCCUUCGUCCUGAGGGAUCUGCUACCGUCAUCGUUGGGGAGUUACUACCGCUACACAGGCUCUCUCACCAUCCCGCCCUGCAGCAAGGUGGUCGAGUGGAUCGUCUUAUCCAGACCCGUUUUCCUCUCCCACUCACAGCUGGAGGCGUUCUACUCCAUCUUCACCACGGAGCAGCAGGACCAUGUGAAGUCGGUAGAAUACCUGAGAAACAACUACAGACCCCUCCAGGACCUGGACAACCGGGAGGUGUUGAAGUCUGCCGUUAAAGAUGCCUGGCAGAGGGACCAGACCGACAACCUGGGACUGGGUACAGAUGGCACCACGGACGCAUCCAGAGUCUGUAGCAGUGCCCCGGUCAACAUGAAGAUCCAGCCUCUGAAUGGCACUGCCCUGGUGGUGAGCUGGCAACGCCCGCUCAUGGUUUACCACCCGCCUAUCACCAGCUUCAUGGUCUCCUACAGCUGGGUGAAGAGUGAUGUGGCCUACGAGAAGACCUUCACCAAGACUGGGGACCAGAACAUGAAGGCGGUGAUAACCCACGUGUCUCCAGACAUCCUGUAUCUGUUCAGAGUCCAGGCGGUGUGCCAGAGAGACCUACGCAGUGACUUCAGCCAGACACUGCUCUUCAGAGCUAACACCACCAGGAUAUUUGAGGGAACACGGAUAGUGAAAACUGGAAUGCCCACUGUCUCCCCAGCCUCCUCGGCAGACAUGGCUCCCAUAAGCUCCGGAUCCUCUACCUGGACCUCCUCUGGCCUCCCCUUCUCCUUCGUCUCUAUGGCUACAGGGGGCAUGGGCCCCUCGUCCAGCGGCAGUCAGGCCACGGUAGCAUCGGUGGUAACCAGCACCCUUCUGGCCGGCCUGGGCUUCAGCGGAGGGGUCAUCUCCUCCCUGCCUGGCUCUCUCUGGCCCACCCAGGCCCCUGCAGCCAGCCCUGGGUCAAACCCCGGCCCGGGUCCCAGCCGCCAGCCUGCCCAGCCCCAGGUCUCCCCCGAGCCCCCCACAGCCCCUCAGGGUGGUUCUGACAUGGACACCCCCACUGAGGAGAAAGAGGCGGGGGUGGACAGGGAGAACGAGGCGGAGGAGGGAGAGGGAGAGGAGGAUGAAGGGGAAGACGACAGGAGGAGGAAGAAGAAUAACAAGACAACGCCUGAUGAGGUGGAGAUGCAUCUAAAUGACACUGUGGUCAAAGAGCCCAUUUCCGCCCUCACCCCCACAGCCACAGCCAAAGAGAAAGGACAGGGGCAGGGAGAGCCUGUUGCUAACACCACAGUGCCAAUAAGUGGAGGGGAGGACCAACUAGUCAGAGUGGACAGUAACACAGGGCCCACUGUGGAGCCAAAGAAUGACACAGAAGAGAGAGAGAUACAGAUUCCCCAGAGCCCAACACGCUCCUCAAAGACUACGGGGGAAGAGAAGAGCCUUUGGCCUUUCUCUGUCCACACUGACAGGACCAGUGUGUCCAACAUGACCCGCAGCCCUCACCCCGGGGUGGGCAGGAUGGAGUGGAUCCUCCCCCUGGUGGUGGUCUCUGCGCUCACUCUGUUCUGCCUCAUCAUGCUACUGGCUGUCCUGGUCUACUGGAGGAGGUUUUUCCAGACAGCUCACUUCUAUGUGGAGGACAGUAGUUCUCCCAGGGUGGUGGCCAAUGAGAACAUCCCCGUCAUCCCCAUCCCAGAUGACAUGGACGCCAUCCCCGUCAGGCAGUUAAUCAAACACAUCACGGAGCUCUACUCCAACAACCUGCACGGCUUCUCUGAGGAGUUUGAGGAGGUCCAGCGUUGUACGGUGGACCUGAAGAUCACAGCAGAACAUUCCAAUCACCCUGACAACAAGCACAAAAACAGAUACAUCAACAUCGUGGCCUAUGAUCACAGUAGGGUGAAGUUACGACCCUUGACUGGAAAAGAUGCCAAACACAGUGACUUCAUCAACGCUAACUAUGUAGAUGGUUACAAUAGUCCCAAGGCCUACAUCGCGGCCCAGGGCCCUCUCAAGUCCACUUUCGAGGACUUCUGGAGGAUGGUGUGGGAACAGAACACUGGUAUCAUCGUCAUGAUCACUAACCUGGUAGAGAAAGGACGGAGGAAAUGUGACCAGUACUGGCCCACAGAGAGCAGUGAGGAGUAUGGCAACAUCGUGGUCACUCUGAAGAGUACUAACGUUCAUGCCUGCUACACACUGAGACGAUUCCUUAUACGGAACACCAAAGUCAAAAAGGGUCAGAAGGGCAACCCAAAGGGGCGUCAGAACGAGCGGAUGGUGAUCCAGUAUCACUACACCCAGUGGCCUGACAUGGGCGUGCCGGAGUACACCCUACCUGUCCUCACUUUCAUAGGGCGCUCCUCUGCAGCACGUACACCUGACAUGGGCCCCGUCCUAGUCCACUGCAGUGCUGGAGUCGGGCGGACAGGGACGUACAUCGUCAUCGACAGCAUGCUGCAGCAGAUCAAAGACAAGAGCACUGUCAAUGUCUGGGGCUUUCUCAAACACAUCCGCACGCAACGCAACUACCUGGUUCAGACAGAGGAGCAGUACGUGUUCAUCCAUGAUGCCCUGAUGGAGGCCAUCCUGGGCAGUGAGACAGAGGUACCCGCUUGUCAGCUCCAUGGUUACGUCAACAGCAUCCUCACCCCUGGCCUCGGGGGCCGCACGCGCCUCGACAAGCAGUUCAGACUGCUGACCCAGUGUAACACCCACUUCAUAGAGUGCUUCAGCGCCCAGAAAGACUGCAACAAGGAGAAGAACCGCAACUCCUCAGUGGUUCCAUCGGAACGAGCCCGAGUAGGACUGGCCCCUCUCCCUGGAAUGAAAGGCACAGACUACAUCAAUGCCUCCUACAUAAUGGGUUACUAUAGGAGUAAUGAGUUCAUCAUUACCCAGCAUCCUUUGCCCCACACCACCACAGACUUCUGGAGAAUGAUCUGGGACCACAACGCCCAAAUCAUUGUCAUGCUCGCUGACAACCACGGUUUGGCUGAGGAUGAGUUUGUGUACUGGCCGAGUAGAGAGGAGGCGAUGAACUGCUUAGCCUUCACCGUCACCCUGAUCAGCAAGGACAGAUUGUGUCUCUCCAACGAAGAACAGAUCAUCAUCCACGACUUUAUACUGGAGGCCACGCAGGAUGACUAUGUCCUGGAGGUAAGACAUUUCCAGUGCCCUAAAUGGCCGAACCCAGAUGCUCCUCUCAGCAGCACCUUCGAGCUCAUCAAUGUCAUCAAAGAGGAGGCCAUGACACGAGACGGACCCACCAUCAUACACGAUGAGUUUGGGGCAGUGUCUGCGGGGACUCUGUGUGCCCUCACCACCCUGUCUCAGCAGCUGGAGAGUGAAGGGGCUGUGGAUGUCUAUCAGGUGGCUAAGAUGAUCAACCUCAUGAGGCCAGGAGUCUUCACAGACAUUGAGCACUAUCAGUACCUGUACAAGGCCAUGCUGAGCCUGGUGAGCAGCAGAGAUGGCGGGAUGUGCCCCCUCUACAUGGACACUAAUGGAGUGGUUGUCAUAAUGGACGAAUCAGACCCUGCAGAGAGCAUGGAGUCGCUGGUCUGACUGACUGGUUACUGGACUGACUGGUUACUGGACUGACUGGUUACUGGUUUGACUGGUUACUGGUUUGACUGGUUACUGAUCUGAAGGGUUCUACUGGUUACUGGUCUGACUGGUUACUGGUCUGACUGGUUACUGGUCUGACUGGUUACUGGUCUGACUGGUUGUAUUGGUCUGACUGGUUACUGGUCUGACUGGUUACUGGUCUGACUGGAGUCAUUAGUCUGAAUGAACACACCGUAGCUCACACCACCACCCGAAGGCACUUAAUUUGUACAACUCUGAGAAACGGAGAGAACUUUGGCGGACUUUCCCGAGGCCUUUUUUGCCAGAACUAUUGGUUAAAUGAAUAUCGGUAACCUGAUUACCUUUUUUUUACACUGAUGAUAUAAUGUUUUUUGAUAUUUAUUUGUUUCUUCAUUAUUUUUGUCUUAAUUGUUAUCCUGCUGAGGGUUUGCACCUGUUUAAGUUGUUUCACGUGUGGAAAAAAGAAAGAAGCUCUGUCCAGUUUGCACUAUACUUUCAGUGUUACUGCCUAAAACCCUGUUAGAUAAUACAGUACAGUUAGCUAGACCCUGGCUCCACGCUCCACUACCUGCAUUGGAACCCAUUUUGGAUUGUGGCAAAGAAAAUACUUUCGCCUCAAUGAAUGAAUGAACAGUGAAGACCAAGGACGACCCUACAGGUCAACAUGAUCUUCCAGGCCAAUAGAUUUCGUAACACAGACCAUCCCAGUGCAGUACAUUUUAUUACAGUACAGCUCACCCAACAUGCAUUGCAUCACUAUUAUCUGGCCAACACUUAUUUUGGAAACCCCACCUUAUCCAAGGAAAAUUUUAAUCUGUAGAGAUACUAUGUUACUUAUACAUAUUAUAACUAUAUUACCCAAAUAUCCCCAUUCAUAUUUGUAAAUUAUACCCGUUACUUAGAUUUUUAAAAAGUAGUAUUAAAACUACUGUGAACAUUUAUUGCUUUAUAUUAAGAUUUAUAUUGUUUUGUAAUAUAUAUGACUAUAUCCUUUAUCAAAGUAAGCAGCUGGUUUUGUAUACUGUAUAUCAUUCCCCCUCUCGCCUUGUGUGGAUCAAGACCCAUAGUGUCCAUUUUGUCCAACCCAGCUCUACAUGUGGCUUAUCUUGCAUCAACUGUUUUACUUAAUAUAAAGUUUACUUCAUAAAAUACAGCUUUCAUCUUACCAAAUUAACGGAGUUCUCGCAGUCUUAACAUCAUCUCGAGGGGGAAGUGUUUUUCUUUCAUUAUAACCAAAGACGUGGUUGAAAAUUGCAACAAGAAAGUUAGUUGGACUAAAACAAUUAUAUUAUUACAUGGUUGUUGCAAUGUUACCACAAAGUUCUUAGAAUGUGUUUUGGACAACAAUCAGUCACAUGAAGUGUUCAUCCUAAUGAAAGUCCAUAUUGUAAAGCCCAUACUUCACCAUGUGAAAUUACGUUUGAACUGGAUUUGAACUAACCCCUACACCAAACGACAAUAUCUACUUUACUCAUCCAUACUGUACCAUGUAGCUAUACCCUGUACUUAUACAUAGAUGCUGUAGUUUCCUUCUUUUUUUCUCCCUCUUCUCUGUCCACGAGAAGCUUCUUAAAUGAAGUCACAACUCUCCAACAUUUGGAGAAAAGUCCUGACUUUAUUACAUGCUUAUUUGUCACAAUGGGAAACAGUUUUUGGCAGCCAACAACCAUUUGUUUUGCAUGUGUAACUUUUAAAUGUAUCUCCAUCCUUAUUAUUAUUAACGUUACGCUUUCUACAUAUUUCAUUUAUAACGUGAGUGUAAUUUCCUAUUUCGAAGGUAUGUACAUAUUUUACUUCAAGGAUCAGUCUUCUUGGACGUUCUAAUCUUUGCUGUGUGAUCAUUAUAGACCUUUUAUUUUCAUAUGAAGCUUUUUUCUUAGUAACAGUAUCCUCCUCUCAGUCAUUGUGUUCGUGGUGAGUAUGUAGGAAUCAUGUCUCCAUGGAUACAAGUAGACUGCCAUCACCUUCCAACACAAGUCCACGACUGCUUCUAAAAUGGCAUCCUAUUCUCUAUAUAGUGCCCUACAUUUGAUCAAAAGAGGUGCACUAUAUACAGUAGGGAAUAGGAUACCAUUCUCGAUGUUCACCGUAAAUCAUUUGUUUUUCUCUCGGGGUCAAGAAUAUGUUAUUCCUCCCCAUUUUGAAUAUCAGACUUUUGCUAUAGACUUACAUCAGACCAGUGUGCGCUAUGGAUGAAAAAGAUUCCGGGAGUCACUGAGUAAAGUUUGCCUCCUCGACCCAUCUAAGCAAGUUCAGCAGUUGUUCGAUUUUGUAAACGUGAAGAAAUGAAAUGGUUUGGUCCAUUUAUUAUAUUGUCAUUGUAUGAUAGUGCCAUGGUGUUGUAUUACUAUGGCACUGUCAUAUGAUAUAAUAUUAUUAUAGUGUAAUAGUGUUAUUUAAUAUGUAAAUUGUAUUGCUAUACAUUAAAUAAAGUAUGGGUUUUGAUGUACUUCA